AUGGGCCGUAUCCAGCGCAAGAAGCGGAAUCAUCACGGGCGUCGCGAUAUUUCUCGCUCUACACGGACGCGUGCUCGCACGCUUGAUUACGACCAACGCCACGACAAUGCCAUCAAUCCCGCGAAGCGACAGACGCUCGAGCAACCCACAGAGCUCGAUCCAGACAAGGCAGGCCUCGGCAUGUUUUACUGUAUAGAAUGUGACCGGCAUUUUCCCAACAACAACGACCGUGUCGCGCAUGUGGCGAGUAAGCUGCAUAAACGCACUGCCAAGCGUAUCCUCACGGAGAAGCCGUACACACAUGAGGAAGCUAUGCUUGGUGCUGGCAUUGGUCUGGAUAACGAUCGGCGUGACAUUCAGCGCGUCGAAUUGGAUAUCUAA